AUGUUUCCAACAAAAUGCUUGAUUCUGCUGGCCUGCUGGACACUCCUCCAUAGUGUCGUAGCUGUCCCGGAUGUGGCGCUAGAGCAGCCCGGCCUCGAGGAUCGUCGUCGAGAAGAGCGUGACUUUGGCUUGCAGGAGCGCCACAACCAUCCUGAACUUGUGAGCUCGCUACUUUCUGUGUUGACUGAGGAGUUCUCUACGACAAAAGGCCCGAAGCCUGAGACUACUACAGUCCCUGGCGGAGGUGGUGGUGGUGGUACUACAGUCUCUGGCGGAGGUGGCGGCACUACAGUCCCUGGUGGAGGUGGUGGUACUACAGUUCCUGGCGGAGGUGGUGGUACUACAGUUCCUGGCGGAGGUGGUGGCACUACAGUCCCUGGUGGAGGUGGUGGUACUACAGUUCCUGGUGAAGGUGGUGGUACUACAGUUCCUGGCGGAGGUGGCAGCACCACGGUCCCUGGCGGAGGAGGCGGCACCUCACCUACUGGCGGCGGCGGGGGUACGACUGGUACGCCAACCGGUGGCAUUGGAACUUCCCCGACUGGCGGGGCUACCACAACAACCGGAUCUGCUCCUCCAACUGGCGGUAAUACAUCUCCCUUUACUAGUGAGCAGACAAGCACCGCUCACACAUCUCCCACUGGAGGUGGUAGCGUGCCUCCUUCCCCAACUCCCAGCGUUACCACUGGAAGCGAAGCACCACCGGCCUGUCCUACUCCAUCCACAUCCAAGGAGACGACGGUGGUCCCAGUGACGGUCACUUGUCCCGCUGCCAUAGUGAGCACCACUACCGUCACUGUCACAUCUGCCUCGCCCACCACACCAGCUACCCUCGUGACUUUGCCUACGACAUCUGCACAUGUAUCUCCUGUGACUCCAGGGGCAUCGCGUGUCACUCCGCGAGCAAAGAUCGAUCCCGAUGUUAUUCGCCGGCAGCUAUUUAGCAACACGACAGCGACGGCCCUCUUUACCAACACAUCUAUUGUCCACAAUGCCACAACUAGUGCAGUGAACCUCACUCGUGUUGCGAUAGAGACUGCCACUGAGCCUGCGCCCGCUUUCCUGCCUCGGUUUCAUCGUGGACGGAAUCGUGGUUAG